AUCAGGUGCCAAGUUGCCAACCUAACAACGCGCAUAAUCCGAAUUACCGAAAUUACUUUGAAUUUCAGUUAGUUUGUAAAAACGGUGUUUUCCGCGUUUAUUUUACAAUUUUCCCACAUUUCCCGAUCGAUUCGUCCUGGCGUGUAUUGAACAUCGCUUGUUUGUCAUUUCGCAGCAGCCAGUGUCACUUUUUGCAAGAAAUCUGCUACCUUGGCAUAAGCGUGUCAUAAAUUCGUCCAAAUCUUGUGAUUCCUAAUUAUACAAAUAAAUACACGUUCAUUAGUAGCAACCCUUCGCCGCAAUGUCGAAUCCAACGUUUAAGCCGUCCGAAGGAAAGCGCGAAGAGUUCCGCAAGUACUUGGAGAAAGGAGGAGUCAUGGACGCCUUGACCAAGGUGCUGGUGAACUUGUACGAGGAACCCGAGAAGCCAGAAGAUGCUUUAGAAUACAUUCGAGAUCGGUUGGCCAUGCAAGCGGGACUCGAGACGUACUCGCAGAUGAAAGGUCGAUUGGAGGAGUUCCAGACCCGAAUUGAUAACCUGACGCUGGAAGUGGGAGAGCUCAGGGCCGCCACUGAACCGCCGCCCGAGGGUGACGUUGAAGGGGAGGCGUUAAUUGAUGAUGGGACUCCAGUGGAUCCGAUAGUAGAAGGCGAUGGCGGCGUGCCGGGGACAGAAGACCAAGGGGAGGGAGAGCAACCGGCAGCAGGAAAUCCCGAGUAACGCCUCCGGCUUUUACACACUGUUUUUAUCAUACUAAUACUUUUAGAGUUUUAUUUUUGUUCAUUAUAAAGCGGUUUUUAGUUUAUUAUGCUUUUGUUAUGAGAUGACUUUCAGUUGAGACUUAUCGUUGUUUGUAACUUGAUCUCAGCCAGUUUUAUUUUUAAAAACAGAAAUGUCUGCCUGGAGCGCCAGGCGUUGCCUUAAAGUAGAUAGAAUAAUCGCUGUUCGAAGACGUUCUCUUUUUAUGUCGUCUGUUUACAGAGUCAUUUUAUAGUUUAUCAGACAAAGCCGCCAUUUUAGCGCGACGUGGGGCGAAAUUUACUACUCCUUGUAAUACUUAUACCUGUAACUGUUCUGUUUAUUGUUUAUCAAAGUGGAUAUUGGAACAUUAAAACUGUUUCAUUAAUAAAUUACUUUAUUCAGA